AUGGGUUACGAGAGUUUAUCGGACGAGCGGACGGAGAAGCGAAAACAGAGCAAGGAGGACGCUACUUACGGUAUCUUCGCCGGAAACUAUUCGAACUCUGAUGAUUCCGGAGGAUCUAGAAGGAAGAUGCGUAAAACCACCAAGCCUGUCAACUGGGGAAUCGAAAUCCACGAGGAGGGUAAGGAUAAAAAGGGAAACUUUGAAAAGUUCAGUGGAGGGAUUGGUAUGAAACUGCUUGAGAAAAUGGGAUACAGAGGAGGUGGGCUUGGGAAGAAGGAGCAAGGAAUCGUUGUUCCCAUUGAAGCACAAGUGAGGCCGAAGAAUAUGGGUAUGGGUUACAAUAACUUCAACGAGAACACUUCACAGUUUCCUGGCUUAAACAAGGUCGAGGAGGAGAAGAAGAAGACUGUUACAGUCACUGUUAGUGAGAAGACUCAUGGUGAUGAAAGGAGAAAUCUUUGGAAAAAGAAGAACAUUAUUGACAUGCGAGGAGGACCACAACCAGAGUUACAACAGAACAUGAGGCUUAUCAUUGAUAUAUCCGAGCAUGAGAUUCAGAGGAUUGAUAGGGAUCUGAGGAACGAGAAAGAAUCAGCCUUGGGACUGAAGCAAGAGAAGGAGAAGUUUAAAACAGAGGGAGAAAAACAGAGAAUGAAGUUUGAAAAUUUGAUUUACAUUGCAGAAGAAAUCGAUCGAAUCGAGCUUGAGAAUGCGUCUGGUGAUUUAACGUUGGACUCGCUCGCGGAACGUUUCAAGAACUUGCUUUCAAGCUAUCCUGAUGACUACAAGGUUUGUAACUUGUCAAGCGUUGCUUCCUCACUUGCCUUGCCUCUGUUCAUCAAGAUGUUUCAAGGUUGGGACCCUCUUAGCGAAGUGGCGCACGGUUUCGAAGCUAUAUCUUCUUGGAAAAUGCUGCUGGAUGUUGAAGAAGACGAUCAAAGUUAUAGCCAACUUGUCUCGGAGGUGAUUUUACCUGCUGUGAGAAUGUCAGGGAUUGAUACUUGGGAACCAAGAAACCCUGAGCCAAUGCUGAGAGUUAUAGAGACAUGGGAAGAGUUGUUGCCUUUACCUAUUCUCGAGACGAUUUUGGAGACGGUAGUGAUGCCUAAACUGUUAACCGCUAUUGAAACUUGGGAGCCACGUUUAGAAACGGUUCCGGUCCAUGUUUGGGUGCAUCCGUGGCUGCUACUGCUAGGUCAGAAGUUGGAAGGUUUGUAUGAGAUCAUUCGGAUGAAACUGAGUAGUAACAUUCUCGAAUCUUGGGAUCCAAGUGAUGUCUCUGUGCACACUCUUCUCUCUCCUUGGAAAACUGUUUUUGAUGCUGAGAGCUGGGAGGAGCUUAUGCGUCGUUACAUAGUUCCAAAACUAGAGCUGGCUUUGCUAGAGUUGGAGAUAAACCCGGCGAACCAAGAUUUAGACCGGUUUGAUUGGGUGAUGAGGUGGGAAUCUUUGGUACCUAUGCAUCUAAUGGUUGGUUUGAUGGAGAGAUUGUUUUUCCCAAAGUGGCUGGAUAUUUUGUACCAGUGGUUGUGUUCAGAGCCAAAGUUUGAUGAGGUGAGAAACUGGUUUUUAGGUUGGAAAGGUUUAUUAGGACAGGAGCUUGCGGAGAACAAGAGGAUCAAGAUUCAGUUUAAACGUGGUUUAGAUAUGGCGAUGGAAGCUGUUGAACAGGUGGAAAUGUGUAAGCCAGGGGAAAGAGAGAACAUAGGGUUCUCAAGUUACCACAAGGAACAAGAGCAGAUGCGGUUCAAGGGUCGUGUUAAGAGUCACGAGGCUCAGAUGGAUGAUGAUGAUGAUGACACCGAGGAGCUGAGUUUUAGAGAAGCAGUAGAGUUGUUUGCGCAGGAGAAGGAGCUGCUGUUGAAACCAAUACCAUAUAGAAUGCACAACGGUCUUCAGAUCUAUAGGUUUGGGAGCGUGAGUGUGUUGGUAGACUCGGCGAACUCGAAGUUAUUGGCUCAAGAAGGAGGAGACUGGUUUCCUGUAGAUUUUGACGGAUUGUUGAAGAUGCAUCACAGUGCUGUUGCUGGGAAAACAAAGAAACAUAUCCCUUAG